UGUGGUUGUCAUAGAUGUUGUGCAUUUUGCAGGUGGAGAAACAGGCUCACAGAGUGACUUGCCAAGAUCUGUCAGCUGAGAAUUUCAAUCUUGCCCUUCUCCCCUCCCCAAACUUCUCUGCUCCAUUUUCUCUCCCUACCAGCUAUCCAAGGAGAACUGGGUAUUCAGGGGUGGCUGAGCCCGCCCUGUGGGGUACCGAGGAUACAAUGACAAACAAAACAGGGCCAUAGCAGAGAGCCAAGAAGCUGGGAGAGGAGAGCCCAGGAAGAGGUUCUCAAGCCAAGGUGAGAAGGGAGAGACCUGCAAGGCAAACUCCCCUCCCCCCAGCUGCCCUUUGCCCGCCCUCCCAGUUCCUCCUGCCCCUGCUUCCUCUUUCCCACUAACCCCUGAAGCCAUCCUGCCACAUAAAGUCCGCUGGGGCUUCAGGAACUCAGUGCUCAAAAUGACCUCCCAUCUGCUGCCGCUGUCACUGCUGCUGCUACUCUUCACCCUGCCAGCCACGGGCUCCAACCCUGUACUCUGUUUCAGCCAGUAUGAGGAAUCCUCUGGCAAGUGCAAGGGGCUUCUCGGAGGAGGUGUCAGCGUGGAAGACUGCUGUCUGAACACCGCCUAUGCCUUCCAGGUGCCUGGCAGCAAGCUCUGCCAGGCCUGCAGGUCCCCUCAUUGGUCGCCGUGGUCUGUGUGGGCACCCUGCUCGAUGACCUGCACUGUGGGCUCCCAGCUGCGGCAUCGGCGCUGCAUAGGCCAUGGUGGGCAGUGUCCUGAGAAGGCAGAACCUGGGGACCUUGAGUGGCAGUUGCAGGCAUGCCAGGCCCAGCCCUGCUGUCCCGUGAUGGGUGGCUGGUCCAACUGGGGGCCCUGGGAGCCUUGUUCUGUCACCUGCGCCAAAGGAACCCAAACACGUCGUCGCCUAUGUAACCACCCCUCCCCCAAGUGUGGGGGCCACUGCCUGGGAGAAGCGCAGGAGUCACAGGCCUGUGACACCCAGCAGGUCUGCCCAAUACACGGGGCCUGGGCUUCUUGGGGCCCAUGGGGUAUCUGCUCAGGCACCUGCCAAGGAGGACCCAAUGCACCUAUGGAGAGACGGAACCGUGUCUGCUCUGCACCCCCUCCCUCCGUGCAGCCUCCCGGAAGACCCUGCCCAGGAGCCCCCUAUGAGCAGCGGGGCUGCAGCGGCCUCCCACCGUGCCCAGUGGCUGGAGGCUGGGGGCCCUGGGGCCAGGUGAGCCCCUGCUCUGUCACCUGUGGCUUGGGCCAGACUCUGGAAAAACGCAAGUGCGACCGCCCUGUGCCCCAGCAUGGGGGUCCCCCAUGUGCCGGCGAUGCUUCUCGGACAUACAUCUGCAACACAGCCGUGCCCUGCCCUGUGGACGGAGAGUGGGGGCUCUGGGGGGAGUGGACCACCUGCAUCCGGCGGAACAUUAAGUCCAUCACCUGCCAGGAGAUCCAGGGCCAGCAGACACGCUCGAGAAGCUGCAAGGGCCGCAAGUUCGAUGGGCAACGCUGCGCCGGGGAGCAGCAGGACAUCCGCUACUGCUACAAUAUCAACCGCUGCUCCUGGACAGGCUCCUGGACUGAGUGGGGUAGCUGGGGGCUAUGCCAACCCCCCUGUGGACCCAACCCUGUCCGCACCCGCCAGCGCCUCUGCAAGGCUCCGCUCCCCAAGUUUGCGCCCACCUUCACGGCUGUUGAAGGUCAAGGGGAGAAGAAUGUGACCUUCUGGGGUAGGCCAUCGACCACUUGCGAGACGGAGCAGGGGAAGAAGGCGGUUUUGGAGGAGAAACAGCCUUGUCAACACGUGCCUCCCUGCAAAGACCCAUUGAACUAAAAAGCUCUGACCCCUCUCUCAGUUACUCUCCCACUCCCCCAUCACCCCCUCCCCGAUUUCAAUAAAUCAGCCUCUUGCUGGAAA